AUGUCUUCACUUUCAGAAUAUGGCUUGUGCAUGACUCAUCUGAGUGCCUGGCUAUUUGGCGAAGUUGCCAGACACACUGAUUCCAAAUCCAUGAAAGUAGUGAAACUGUUUAGUGAACAGCCUUUGGCCAAGAGGAAGGAGACUUACGACUGGUAUACGAAUCACAACACUUAUUUUACACUUAUGGGGAUACUACAUUUUCAUGGCCUCUACAGAGAUAAGCAUCAAGGUUUUAGAGAUAAGCAAUUGCAACUAAAGAAGCUCAGUGGAAAGGCGAAACCAAGAAAAGGAGAAGGGAAAAGAGCAACAAAAAGAAAAUAG